GCUAGAGUUUAGCCGCCAUGGAGUUCGAAUCAAGAUACGAAAUUUCUCGCACGGCCGAGUUCAUACGCGGUGGAAACUUCACCAAAGUCGCUUUGCAGUUCCCGGACGAGCUCUUGAAGGAUUCGGUGAGAGUCGCGAGUGCUUUAAGGAACGAGCUUCGGCGGCUUGGAGGAGAUGGAAACGUCAAGGAUGCCUCUUUGUUCGUCAUGGCGGACACGGCGUACGGUAGCUGCUGCGUCGACGAGGUCGGAGCUUCGCAUGUCGGCGCUGAUUGUGUCGUGCAUUACGGCCAUGCGUGCCUCAGCCCGACUACUAAGCUUCCAGCUUUUUUCGUAUUCGGAAAAGCUCCGAUGAGUGUAUCGGAUUGCACGAAAAAUCUGGUGGAUGAUGCCGUGACAAGUGGGAAGCCGAUUUUGGUCCUUUUUGGGUUGGAGUAUGCGCAUUUGAUUCACAACAUUAGAGAAGAAGUUGUAGCAGCAUGUGAAUCUAGACCCCAGUUAGAAAUCCAAUUUGCUGAAGUUUUGUGUUCGGAUAUGAAUCCGUCCAAUAAACAAAACACAUCCGAUCAGGGGAUGGUGCGGGCUAGUGUCUUGAUAGACGAUAAAAGUUUUGGGAAAUUAGCUGGUAAUAGAGGCAUUGGGGGUUUGGUCUGGAAAUUACGCGAGGGGCGCAAAAUGGAGGACCACUUGCUUUUUUGGAUUGGUUCCGACAAUUCAGCUUUUGUGAAUGUUGUGCUGACAUUUAAUGCCUGUGAAAUAGUCAGAUAUGAUGCUGCAGAAAAUUGCAUGGUGACAGAUUUUUCUCAACAGAAAAGAAUUCUUAAGCGCAGGUAUUACCUGGUGGAGAAGGCAAAGGAUGCUAAUAUUGUUGGUAUUUUGGUGGGAACUCUUGGUGUAGCUGGCUACCAUCACAUGAUUAAUCAGAUGAAAGAACUGAUCACGGCAGCGGGGAAAAAAGCUUAUACUCUUGUUAUGGGAAGACCAAACCCGGCAAAACUUGCCAACUUUCCAGAGUGUGACAUUUUCAUUUAUGUCUCUUGUGCUCAAACUGCUCUCCUGGAUAGCAAAGAGUAUUUAUCUCCAGUAAUUACUCCUUUUGAAGCCACGCUAGCUUUCAACAGGGAUAGUCAUUGGACAGGAGCGUAUGUAAUGGAAUUCAGGGAUUUGAUCAAUUCAUCUCUUGCAGAGUCAAGGAGCCACUCUAAGGAAGCACGCUUUUCAUUUUUGCAGGGCGGCUACGUGGAAGAUUUUGAUACGCAAGAGAAUGACAAGGAAGAAGAGGAAGGAGCUCUUGCUUUAGCAAAUGCGACGGAGAAAGCUUUACAAUUGCGUGAUAAUGCAAAUUCUCUAGUCAAGCGAACAGUUAAAUCUGGUGCAGAGUAUUUGAUGACUCGGUCUUAUCAAGGUCUGGAGAUUCAUAACGAAAACUCACUGCCAGAGCCGUAUCUCAUUGGGAGAAGUGGGAGGGCCGCAGGUUACAAAGAUGAGAAGAGUGAGAUGGGGAAUUUUUGAUUAACCAAGGGAAGUGUGAGAAGAAAGAAAAUAGAAAAGCAAUUUUGACAAUAUAAUGCAUGCUGUUAUUAUUUUUCUAAUUGUUUUUGUAGGAUUAUUGUAUAGUUGGUUACCUAUUUGUAUCACCCUCAAUAUGAUAUUGAGUUAGAAUAGUUUGCUAUCUCUUUUGGGUCAUUUUUUACACUUUAAAUCCUCUAAUGAAUCCAAAUA